AUGGCAUCUCCUUCCAUCAAGAAUGUGCAUUUCGUGGGUAGCAUCUGUCUCCCUGACACAUCCACCAUAUUCCGCAGACUCGGUACCACAUUUCCCACGCAAUUAAAGCGAAUUCCCGACGGCGAGCCGGGUAAUCGAGGGAACUUUGUCCUCUGGCAACGAAGUGUUUUCUACAGAUACCCUUACCUAGUUCGCUCUCUAUAUUUCUCUCUAGCAAAGGAUCCAGGACCAAUCCCUAUAUCCCCGGAGAAAAUUCAACUUAUGCCUAUCGGAUAUGACGAUGCAGCCAUCGAUUCAUAUGCUACAUUCUGUAGACUUCGAUAUGAUGGUAUUAUACCCAUGGGAGUGAAGUUUCAGGUUUCGCUUCCUACACCGAUUAAUGUUCUGCAUGUAUCGAUCGAGCCUGCUUUUCAAGAAGCGCUUGAACCGGUCUAUACAAAGGCUUUUUUGAAAGCUGUUCGUCAUAUUCAAGAAGAGAUUCCUGCAGAAGAUUUAGCUAUUCAGUGGGAUGUUGCUGUGGAGUUUGCAUUUCUGGAAGGAAUCGUAUCACCUCCACAACCAUGUAAGUAUGAUUGA